AGCAAACAUUCUCUGCAGAUCAAUUUCUCUCUCUUUUAUUUCCCCUUUCAUUCCAUUAAUUGGAUAGAUUCAAUUUCUAGAUUUGUAUAGAGACGUCUUCACCUUCUUCCGCACUCUUCCCUAGACACUUGAUCGAGAGCUCUUAGACUCUGCUCUCAUCGACCAAGCAACCACGACCACAAACCACAGACAAAAGAUGCACAUCCUCGUGGUUAACGACGACGGCCCACCGUCUCCUCACUCCUCGCCCUAUGUUCACUCUCUUGUCCGCGAGCUCCAGACCGCCGGCCAUGUCGUCAGCGUCUGCCUGCCGCACACGCAGCGCAGCUGGAUCGGCAAGGCACACAUGAUCGGCCAGACCGUCAAGCCGCUCUACUACAGGCCACCGCCCUUGUCGUCGCCCUCCUCCUCCUCCUCCUCCUCCUCCCUCCCCGCAGGUCUCGGCCCCGCCGACGACGAAACCGCCCACGGGACCACACAUGGCCGCCCAUCAGCCGACGGCACCGUCGAGGAAUGGGUCCUGGUAGACGGUACGCCCGCCUCCUGCGUGCAAAUCGGGCUGUACCACUACUUCAGCGACCGAGGCCCCGUCGACCUAGUGGUAUCGGGCCCUAACUAUGGGCGCAAUACGACUGCCGUAUUCGCGCUGAGCUCGGGGACGCUGGGCGGUGCGCUCGAGGCCGCUGCGUGCGGGAAGCGAGCCGUCGCGCUGUCGUAUGCCUUCUUCAGCCGGAACCACGACCCGGAGAUUGUGGCAGGCGCAAGCAAACACGGCGUGCGGGUCAUCGAGGCGCUGGUGCGACAGUGGCCAACAGACGGGAGCGUCGAUGUGUACAGCGUGAACGUGCCACUGGUCGAAGGAGUCGGGGAGGCCGCCACGGUGUUUGCGCCAUGUCUGCAGAACUAUUGGACUGCGGGGAACAGUGCGUUCGAGGCGGUUUCGGCCGAGGAUAGUGGGGAUGCGGACGAGGAGGAGGAGAGGAUACGGCGCGGGGAGAUGAACGGGGCUACUGUUGGGGAGGGUGACGAGGAGGCGAAGAAGAACAGCGGUCACGUGCAUAGACAUUUCAAGUGGGCGCCUCAGCUGGGCGACGUGAUGAAGGCCACGGCUGAGGCGCCUUCUUACGUUGACGGACAGGUCGUCAGAGCGGGCAAGACGAGCGUGACGGCUUUGAAGGCAAACUUUUGGCAUGCUGCGGAGCACCUACACGAGCAGGAGCUGAAGCUGGAUGUGCCAGAAGAAGCCAAGAUCACAGCCCUCCCACUCAGGCCAGCUGAGGAGAAAGACAUCCUCUACGCCAUAGUCGACUAUGAAGACCCAUACGUCCAGCCCAUCAUCCUCUCGGCCUUGCAGUCCCUCGUCCCACCCUCCCGCCUCCGUCUCCUACCGGCCAACGCCACAGCCGUACCUCCAGGCACAAAGCUCCUCCAGAUCCGCGCCUACGAGGCCAUCGACUUCGACCGCGCCAUGGCAAGCCCGUCUACCUCGCUCAUCAACAGCUACAUCAUCCGCAAGGCCCUCAUCCGCAAGCACUUCUUGUCCGCCACUGUGGACCACUGGGUCGCCAAGAACCCAACCUCGUCGCUGCGGGCCCACGUGCGACGUGGCGAGGCCUUCGAGGUCGACUACGCCGAGUUCCUAGACGAUGCGCUCGUCGAGGCGUUUGACUUGCGGGCGAGCUUGGAGGCGAACGAAGAGGUGGGCUCCGACGCGGCGGAGAAGAGGGAGUGGUGGAUCCUGAAACCGAGCAUGAGCGAUCGUGGGCAGGGCAUACGGCUGUUUUCUACGAUGGACGAGCUGCAGGGGAUCUUUGACGGGUGGGAGGAGGACGAGCCUUCCUCCGAUGACGACGACGAAGAAGAAGAGGAGGACGAGGAUCAGCCUGGGGAUGAUGACAACGGGCAGCACAACAAGGAUUACAUCACGACCUCACACCUUCGCCACUUUGUCGCGCAGCCCUACAUCCACCCGCCCCUGCUGCUCCCCAGCUGCGACAACCGCAAGUUCCACAUCAGGACGUACGUCCUCUGCGCCGGCGCCAUGCGCGUCUACGUGUGCCGGGAGAUGCUGGCCCUGUUCGCAGCGAGGCCAUACUCACCACCUUGGGAGACGACGGACCCCGCUGCUGCUUCUUACCUCGACGCCCACCUGACCAACACGUGUCUCCAGGGCCCCAGAGCGGACGCCCUGUCCGUGCAGCGGUUCUGGGACCUCGACAUGGACCCGGCUCUGCGGCAGUCCAUCUUUUCCCAGAUCUGCGAGGUCAGCGGCGAGGUCUUUGAGGCCGCGGCGCGGGUCAUGAUGGUGCACUUCCAGCCCCUGCCGUUCGCGUUCGAGGUCUACGGGCUGGAUUUCCUCGUCGACGCGGCGGGGACGCCGUGGCUGCUGGAGGUCAACGCCUUUCCUGAUUUCAAGCAGACGGGCCACGAGCUGAGGGAGACGGUUGUGGCUGGGUUCUGGAGGGGAGCUCUGCGAUUGGGGGUAGGGUCGUGGGCGGGCGUGGAGGAUGGGGGCGCCGGGGCCGAGGGCGAUGAUGAUGAUGAUGAUGAUGAUGCGCAGAUGGUACUUGUGAGGGAGAUUGAUCUGGGUAGGAGGUAG